AUGGCGACUAAAAUAAGCAAAGAGAGUGCUCCUCCUUUUGAUUGUCCAACAUGGGCAGGCAAGCCACCCGCUGGGCUGCAUCUAGAUGUAAUGAAGAUAGACAAACUGAUAGAGAAACUGAUCAUAGAUGAAAAGAAGUACUACCUGUUUGGAAGGAACCCAGAUUGGUGUGAUUUCACCAUCGACCAUCAGUCAUGUUCACGUGUCCAUGCUGCCCUGGUUUACCACAAACACCUGAAAAGGGUCUUUCUCAUAGACCUCAACAGCACACACGGUACUUUCCUUGGACACAUCCGUCUGGAACCACACAAGCCUCAGCAGGUGCCUAUAGACUCUACAAUAUCUUUUGGGGCUUCAACCCGGACCUACACCAUCAGAGAGAAACCCCAAACCCAAGGCAGCGCCGGCACAGGAGACAGCAAGACAGGAGAAGACGAGGAGCUGAAAGGACUGCUCGGGCUUCCAGAAGAAGAGACAGAGCUGGAGAACCUGACAGAGUUCAACACAGCUCACAACAAGCGCAUCUCCCUCCUGACCAUCGAGGAGGGCAACUUGGAAAUCCAGAGGCCUAAGAGGAAACGGAGGAACUCCAGAGUUACCUUCAAUGAGGAGGAUUGCAUCAUUAACCCAGAGGAUAUCGACCCCUCGGUAGGACGUUUUAGAAAUAUGGUGCAGACUGCUGUCAUCCCCAUCAAGAAGCGGAGAUCAGAGGGCCAAAACACUCUGGGUCUUGAUGACCUAACUUCAAAACGCAUGCAUGGCUACAGCUUAAGCAGUGGUCUCUAUGGGGACUUGCCUCCCACCAGUCAUGAGAACCAACCAACAGGAGCUCCAGGAGGUGCUUCUAUGCAGGGAGGGCUUCCUCUGCCCUUCCCCAACCCAGCACCAGAAGUGGACCUGGCCCCAGAAGCUCCCCAGCCCCCUGUCACACUCAACCCCACUCCUGUCACAGCCCCCUACCUACCAGAGACCCUCAACGAGCCACGCAAAAAGAAGUAUGCCAAAGAAGCUUGGCCAGGCAAGAAGCCCACCCCUUCACUACUCAUCUAACCAGUUUCUCAAAGCUGCUGACUUUCAGGUUACCAGCAGAUACAUCAGGGACUGUGACCUGGAGGAGGUGGUGUCAUACACUUUUUUUUUAUUGGUUGUGUUACUUAUUGUCAUCACAAAAAAGGGACCACAGAAUUUCCCUGUGGUCUGUCACAUGGUAUCAUCCAUAUUACCAAAUCAGCAGUUUAUAAGUUGGCUAUGAACCAGUUCAAUCUUUCUGACUGCAAACAAAGUCUAACUAAUUCACAAAGCCUAUCAGUACAUUUGAGCCUCAGAGUGGCGUUUAGGUAUACUUGUCUGUGAGUGACUGGCUACAUAGCAAUGGGUCAUUGAGUUAUUGAUGUGAUGGAUGUAAAGUUUUGUUUUCUACUUAAUACGUUUCAACAUUUUUUCACUCCUUAAAUAUUUUGAUAAUGCUACUAAACAAAUGGCAGAAAGUACUUUUAUAUGAAAUAUUUUACUGUGAGAAGUCAGAAAAAGUCAGAGAAUCCAGACAUGAAGUCACAUCUGGAUUAAGUUUCUAUGAAAAACACAGGGCUGUUUUUUUAACACUUGCAAAACCUACUUGUGGUAAUGUGAUCGAGUUUUUGUUUUAGUCACGCAAACAUUUCCUUUAUACUUAUUAGAUCAACUGAAGUGCAUUUGUCCCAUAAGCCACUAGAUGGUGACUUGUGCACAAACAUCAGAGAGAUUAAAAUGAGGGCUGUGGAUUUGCAGGUUCCAUUGUUUAACCCCAACUGUGUCCAAAAUCUGCAUAUAGCAUCCCAUGAAAGUAGUGCUGCAAGCUUAAAAUUAUUAAAUAUCAUUAGAUUCUUUUGCGGAUAAAAGCCAUUUGCCCUGUUCAAACAUGAUGUGAUCGCAUUUGUCCCUUGACUUUUCCAGUGUAAUGGAUGGGUUUGUUACCCAUUUUCCCAGCACCAGUAUACUGUAACUACAAGGAUUUUACAGUUUUUUUAUGUUUGGCAAUUGAUUGGACUGCUGUCACAUAGUAACAUAAUAUAGUGGAAUGGAUUCUAGUACAGUAACAUACCAGUUUUGGUGCAAAAUAAAAUGUUAGUAAAAACAGAAACAGGUUUGGAUUUAGGAUGUUUUAAUGGUUAUGUAGCAUGUUAACAUCUUUGACAUGCAACAGAGUACAGUGCAGCUUAUACAGUACAUAGUUAAUUUUUUUUUUUUUUGCCCAGAACUAACUUGACAUAGGAACUGUGCCUUUAUGCACAGUAGCAGGAAAAACAUAGUUAGCCGUGUCAAACAUGUCAACAUUAAACUGGUGGAACUUUACAGAGUGUACUCCAAGUUUAAAGGUCCCAUGAAAUGGUGUCAUUAUUUUCACAAUGUGAUGUUCCGUAUUUCCAAUUUUUGAAGUAUUUUUGGGCAUUUUUAUUUUUAUUCAAGCAACAGUAAGGGAUGACAGGAAUUGAAAAGACAGAAAGGUAAAAUGAUAUACAAUAAAACAGAGGAUCAGAUGACAUUGUACCAAACAUUUUGGUCACAGUAUAUAGUACACAUCUCAACCACAAGACCACCACACUCCUCUGCAUUUCCGUUUGAAACAGUUUGUUAAGAUUGUAAGGUAUCCAUCUUAGUGUAAACCAAUGUUUAACUGGUAGUUAUGAUAAAAAUACAAGAUGACCUUAUUAAACUUUUUUUUUUUAAUCCUCUGGUACAGCAUGACAUCACCACUGAAGAUUUUUAGGAAGUGGUCAAUUUAUGGGAUCUUUAAACUAGGGAAAAGUUGGACAUCACAAGACAAGUGUUUCAUUUUUACAAACUGCUGGUGACUUUCUGUCCUUGUGGGCAUGUGGAUUUUGUAAUCAUACGACUGUAAAUAAAAAAUGAAUUACUUUUGACUCAUAACUCUGCUGUAUCUUCAGCUGUGAUUAAAUGUUGCACUGUUGUUUUGAUAUUAAAUUCUUGUAUUCCAAAUUUAUACAAAAUGAAAAGUCAUCUCAGUGAAAGUCCUUUGAUGACUUAUUUGCAGAUAGUAUUGCAGCAUAAGCCGAAUAUGUUACUGAGAGCAUAUUAAAUUACAAACUAUGUUACUAAGACUUUGUUGUUGGGGUUAAACAUUGACUGGAUGUCUCAAUAGUACUUUGGACCUUGUUUAAACCAGUUUGUGCGGCACAGACAAAUCACUUUGACAGGUCAAACAUUAAUCUUCACACAGCAGCAGUAUAUUCUUAAUUUUAGGUGCCGUUUUAAGAAAUUAAAUAUAAAAAUGCAGGCUAGAAUCAUUGUGCUCAGUUAAAACUUUUGUUGUGGCUCAGUCUUAAACCACUACUAGAGGUGAGAACCACUAGAACACAAGUGUCAAGACACUUUUGUGUUGCAUGUUAUAGUUUGGAAAGCUGGCAGAGAAGAGGCUGAAGAUACAACUACUUCAAUUAUCAAAUGUGAUCCUUUGUUAUUUGUGUAUGUGUUUUUUU